UAAUGGUCUUGUGUUCAUUUUAUUCCUGUUUUGUUUGUCUUUGUUUAACUCUGCUCCAGCUGUCGUCUGUUUUUAAUUUAGUCUAAAAAUGUAAAUCGUUGUUGUUAGUAAAAGUAGUCGGAACACAUUUUUCAUUGGUUGGUAACCAGGAAGUUAUUAGAAUAAUUUUACGAGCGCGAAACCAAAACGCGAGUACUGUUGUUGUUUUUCUUUGGAGCUGCGGGACCGCUUCAGCUGUUGAAGGAGCUCAUUAUUUUGAGCUUUUUAGCUUUUUAUUCGCCAUGUGUGAAAAGAUCAAGAAGGUGAACAGCUGGCUCAGCGCGGUGUUUGGAGAUCAGCCGGUGCCACAGUUCGAGGUCAACACCAGGACCGUGGACAUCCUGUACCAGCUGGCUCAGUCCAGUGAAGCCCGGUGCAGUGACACAGCUCUGCUCAUAGAGGACAUCAAACAGAAGACAUCAGAGUAUCAGGCUGAUGGUUCAUAUCUGCAGGAUGUUCUUUUACAAACUGGUGGCCUGUCUUGUGCAAGCUUGUCAAAGCCCGCUGCAGACUACCUGUCGGCUUUAGUGGACAAUGCUAUGGUGCUUGGAGUGAGAGACACAUCACUGGGCAGCUUUAUGCCAGCAGUGAACAACCUCACCAACGAGCUCCUGGAAGCAGAGAAGUCAAACAGAAGACUUGAGAGGGAGGUCAGGGCGCUCAGGAAGAGACUGGGUGCUACUCUGGUGCUGCGCAGCACCUUACAAGAGGAUAUCAACAAAACCGUUAAGGCUCAAGCAGUGGAGAGCGCUAAAGCGGAGGAGAGGUUGCUCAACAUGGAUUUUGUGACCGCAAAGGCUAAAGAGCUCAGCAAAAGACGGGAGAGGGCAGAGGCUCAACUUGUGUCCAGGAACAUGGACAAGUCUAUUACCCACCAGGCUAUUGUGCAACUCUCUGAGGAAGUCACCACACUCAAACAAGAAAUAAUCCCCUUGAAAAAGAAACUGGAGCCCUACAUGGACCUAAGCCCAAGUCCGUCUCUUGCUCAAGUGAAAAUAGAAGAAGCAAAAAGAGAAUUGGCUGCACUUGAUUCCCAACUUGAGAUGAAUGUAGAUUUCAAGUGAUGAUGUUUCAUAAUGUUUUGAGCUGUACCUUUUCUGUGUUUUGAAUAAUAAUAAUAAAAGUUAAUCGUUACGA